AUGUCAUCAUCACAUAAGUACCCACAUGGGUCAAAACCUGAACAGAAGCCUCUUUUAUCAAAUGUGGAAAGUCGAAGAAUUUCACCGAAUACAACAAAUGCUAAUGCAUCUAAAUAUAUUCCUAAAGAUAGUGUGCCGUUAAUAAAGACAAAAAAUGACAACAUACCUAACACUAUUUCAGUCACUGGUAAUAGUAAUAAUGACAGUGAUGAUGAUGAUGAUGAUGAUGAUGAUGAUGAUAUGAUAAAUAGAGAACGUGUGACUUCUUCGAGAUAUCAAAAGGGACAUGUUAAAGGGAAGGUUGGACCACAACGUACGUCUCGUACAGCUCAAAAAUUGAAACUUUUACCAGAGGAACCAUUUCAAAGAAAGACUUUAAAGAAGAAGAACAGUAACAAAUUCCUGAAUAAAACAAAUUCAACAGAGGAUCAUAUACCUUCCAUGAAUACAGAACGAUAUACACGGGAAGGAGAUGAUAAUGAGGAGGAGGAUGACAAUGAUCAGCCUGAUAGAGAUGUAUAUUCACAAGUCAAUCGUAUCAAGGAUAAAUCUGCAAGAAGAGAUGCUGAAAAGUUAGGGAAAAAACAUAGGAGGUUAUUACCAAGAUGCACUGCAUACAGUUCUGCUAGUAGUUAUAAUAUGCGUGAAUUGAUGUAUUGGAUGAAGGAUACAAAGAAAAUACACCACACACAUCCAAAAUUAUUUGAUGAAUGCCUGUAUACACCGUUUAUGUAUACAGAUUGGCGUGGUGAUGAACGAUUUCAACACGAGAAUUUAAUUAGAAUUGAUGAUGAAGGUGGUGAAAUAAAUGUCAGUGAUAAACAACCUGAUUUAUUUAUAUUUGAAUAUGGGGUCGUUGUAAUGUGGGGUUUUACUGAAACUGAAGAAAAAUCUUUCUUGAUGGAUAUUGAAAGGUUUGAAAAGGAGAAACUCGCUGAGGAAGAUGUCCAAAUCGAAGAAUUCAAUUAUUAUGUCACUCAAAGUUAUCAACCGAGAAUAUAUAAUGAUUUUAUUACAUUGAGAGAUGGUUCUAAUUAUAUGGUUAAGUUGUCCAUAUCUCAUGCAAUCGCACAAAGUGUUAAGAUAUCUUUAUUUGAAGAAUUAGUUGAAAAUACCAUUGAUGAUACACAAGAUAUUCCACAAGAGAUUGCAUCUAGCGGUAAAGUUUCGAUGUCUAAGGAAGAUAUUAUGAAAAGCAUAGGUGAACUAUUCAUUUUAAGAAUUAAUAUCAAUUUACAUGGGUCUGUUCUUGAUUCGCCGGAGAUUAUGUGGUCGGAACCUCAAUUGGAGCCUAUCUAUCAAGCUACUCGUGGUUAUUUAGAGAUCAAUCAAAGAGUGGCCCUUUUAAAUCAAAGAUUAGAGGUCAUAUCUGACUUGUUACAAAUGUUAAAGGAACAAUUGGGACAUUCUCACGAAGAAUAUUUGGAGUUUAUAGUUAUUGUAUUGGUUGGUGUUGAAGUUCUGAUCUCAGGUAUAAAUAUUGCAGUUGAUAUGAUUGCCGGUAAAUAA